CGGUGAAACACUCACAAAUUGUAAAAAGGAGUCAAAGGACUAACCUCCCUUGGAUCUCUUUCUACCUCUCUUCUUCGAGACUGGUUUCAAGUUGAACCUAAGGCAGAGAGAGUCUCCUCUGCCUUAGACAUUUUCUCACAAUGGCGUUCCAAGACUUUGACCUCAUCUCAGAGCGGCGAAGAAAUGAGAAGAGGCAAAAGAUGAGGAAGAGGAUCAUGAUCGGCGUGGUUUCUUCCGUUGUCCUGGUCGGCAUGAUAGGUGCAGUACUCUUCAUCGUUGUGAAAAACGACGACACCGGCAAUAGUAAUAAUAAAAAUAGCAAGGAAAGCGGCAAGGCACAGAAGAACCAUACACCAACAAACACCGCCAACAACCCGCACGUGACAGUAUCCGAUAAGAUUGUGAAACUGGUGUGUAGCACCGCGGAUUACAAAGACAGAUGCGAAGAGCCUCUUAACAAGGCGAUCCAGAACGACCCCAAACUCUCACAACCCAAAGAACUUCUCAAGCUAUACGUGAAACUCGCGGAGGACGAGAUCAACAAGGCCUUCAACAAAACCGUUUCCAUGAACUUCCAAUCCGAGGAAGAGAAAGGAGCGUUCGAAGAUUGCAAGAAGCUCUUCGAGGAUGCUAAGGAUGACAUAGCAACGUCAAUCUCCCAUCUCGCGCAAACCGAGGUGAAGAAGGUUUCUGAAAAGAUUCCUGACUUCAACAGCUGGCUCAGCGCUGUGAUCACAUUCCAACAAGACUGCGUUGAUGGUUUCCCCGAGGGGAACGUGAAGACCGAAGUUCAGACUGGCUUCAAGGAUUCAAUGGAAUUCAUUAGCAACUCCCUUGCCAUUCUUUCUCAGGUGGCAUCGGCUAUAACCACCACGGGGCAACAAAACCUUUCGGCACGUGGACGUUUGUUGCUAUCUCAGAAUCCUAUCGCCAAUAACUCACCACUUGAUUCUCUAGACAAAACUGAUGGCCUUCCUUCUUGGAUCAACCACGAAGACCGAAGGGUGUUGAAGGCCAUGGAUAACAAACCUGAACCUAAUGUCACUGUUGCAAAAGAUGGCAGUGGAAAAUUCAAAACCAUCUCUGAAGCUUUAAAUGCUAUCCCUCAAAGCUUUACAGGACGGUAUGUGAUUUAUGUCAAAGAAGGAGUGUACGAUGAGCAAGUCACAGUAACUAAGAAAAUGCAAAAUAUAACCAUAUAUGGUGAUGGAUCCCAAAAGAGCAUCAUCACUGGCAACAAAAACUACAGGGACGGAGUCAGGACCUUCCUAACUGCAAGUUUUGUGGUAGAGGGAGACGCAUUCUUAGGCAUGGCAAUGGGAUUCAGAAACACUGCAGGCCCUGAAGGGCACCAAGCAGUGGCUGCAAGAGUGCAGGCAGAUCGUGCAGUGUUUGCCAACUGUCGUUUUGAGGGCUACCAAGACACUCUAUACACCCAAGCCCACAGACAGUUCUACAGGAGCUGCAUCGUUACAGGCACAAUUGACUUCAUCUUUGGUGAUGCAGCUGUGGUGUUCCAGAACUGCAUCAUGAUAGUUAGGAAGCCAAUGGACGGCCAGCAGAACAUGGUGACUGCUCAAGGGAGAAAGGACAAGCAACAAGCCACAGGAAUUGUGCUGCAAAAGUGCACCAUCAAAGCUGAUGACUCACUGGUUCCAGAGAAGGACAAGAUCAGGAGCUACCUUGGGAGGCCAUGGAAGGAGUACUCAAGAACCAUUGUCAUGGAAUCAGAAAUAGGUGACUUCAUUAACCCUGAUGGGUGGACAGCGUGGAUGGGAGACUUUGCACUCAAUACUUUGUACUAUGCUGAGUAUGCCAACACAGGACCUGGUGCCAGCACCAGUGCUAGGGUCAAGUGGCCUGGGUACAAGGUCAUCAACAAGGAUGAGGCAAGCAAGUUCACUGUGGGCACUUUCUUGAAGGGUACAUGGCUCCAGAGCACAGGGGUGCCUGCUGUGCAAGGCUUGAUCAAUUAAACGCUUUGCUUCAAAUUUCUUACCCCUUGAGCUGCUGCAUGUUGUUAGGCACACUGGGAAAUAAAGCUGAUGGUGUUGCUCAUUUUGAUGAAAUGUAUUUUUUUUUUCUUUCUUUAUUUUUUACUGUAAAAUUUUUACAAAAAAUUAAUCUUCAAUUGUAAUCUUGCACUAACUACAGUGGGGUGGAACAUACUUGAAUAGAAUUGUGUGUCACCAAAUGUUGAAGUAAAUAGAAGAAUCAUUAUACGAGUGAUUAUCUGUUCUUGCAGAUAAAAGAAGUUGGGUCUGAAGUGAACUAAAUAAUUUUGUUUUAUCUCUUGUACUUGCAAAUGCAGGGGAAACUAC